AUGCAAGUACAUUUGUUUGAACAGUACAUUUGUGUUGCGAAACGUAACAGACACAGUUCAUCAGAAUUGGUGGAAGACCUAUUUGAGGAUCUCAGGGAUGGCGUAUUAUUAUGCCACCUCAUCGAGGUUCUUACCGGUGAAGCACUGCCAGUUAAUAAAGCAAAGGAAUCAAAACGGGUACACCAUAUCAGCAAUUUGACAACAGCGCUAGCAGCUUUGCGACGUCGCGGUCUUGACUUAGUCAACAAUAAUCCAGCAGAUAUAGCCAAUGGAAAUCCUCGUAUAAUUUGUGGACUUAUUUGGCAGAUGAUCCUCCAUUUCCAAAUUGAAACCAAUGUUCAGUUGUUGAAAGAGUGGGGAUUUGAACUAGAACUGGCCAAUAGUCCAUCAACGUCUAGAAUUGGUAACGGAAAUAGCCCCUUCGGCAAAUUACCAUACCAAUUACGUGUUGGACAUCUAAAAGCACCUGUUGAUCGUGUAAUAUUACGAUGGGUAAAUGCACAACUUGCAAGACCUUAUAACAUAAAGCUGACUGAUAUGGAUAAAAGUUGGCGUGACGGAGUUGCUUUCAAUGCACUGAUACAUCGUGUAAGACCCGAGCUGGUUGAUAUGGAUAUCGUGUAUCGAAGCACUCCUAAAGCGAACCUUCAGCAGGCAUUUCGACUAGCAAAGGAACAUUUGCAUAUACGACCAUUAUUGGAUGUGGAGGAUAUGUUGUGUGACAAAUCGGAUAAACGUUCUGUGAUUACUUACGUAUCACAAUUUAUUCGUACCUUAAAACACUUGCGACCGAUCGCUACAUAUCCGGUGAUUGACGACCAUUCUUUGAUUACCUGGAUGGAAGAUACUUUGAGCAUUUUGAGAUCUUCUGUUAGUACAUCACUCUACGACCAAUACCAGAGAUAUCUGUCAUUGCGGAAACAAUAUUUUGAGCAUCGUAGUGCGUAUUAUUCACUUCGCGAACAUGCCAGUACACUACCGGAAGGCGAAUGGAAUCAGAUUGAAACCAGCUGGAAAAGAAUCGGAGAACAACUGGAAGACUGGAGUCAUAGCCUGGAAUGUGAAUUGCCUGAAAAAUUGUCUGAAUUGGCACAAUGGUUGAGCACUGCAGAACAAAUGAUACAAAAUCCAGUAGACGUACGGAUGGACGAUGUGCAGUUAUCACUAUCUAAUAUCAAUGAAUCAAUUAGUCAUCAUAAGAUUCACUUCUCGGAAUUUCCCUAUCGGUCGGAACGAUUUCAAUCCAUCUAUCUUAGCCGAAGGGUAGACGAACGCGAAGUUGCUGUAGAAUUGUUAGAACCGUUGAAGAUUCGAUUCAAUGCUUUAGCAGCUGCAGCUCCAUGUCGUUUGCAAUAUCUUUAUCGAAUGCAAGCACACUAUCAGCUUCUUUCUAACGCAGAUACGCUGAAUCAGAAGAUGGAACGAUGGAAAUCUAGUGAUUCAGCUGCUGCUAUUCAAAAGUCUAUGAAAGAAUAUAAGAUGGAAGCAGACAGUGCUCCAGCGAAAAAAUUCAAACGACUUCUUACACAUCUAAAAGAAGUUUACAGUGAAGCUUCUUUAAAAGAAACUGAUUACGUUAUCAAACAAUGCGAAGACGCUUCAUUGGAAACCGUGGAAAAAUUCCAACAUUUGAAAUCGCAUCUGGAUGAACUCUUCAAAUUUUGGCGUGACUUUGAGAAUACCACAGCUAAAAUUGAAGAGAGAAUCGCACGCUUAGAGCGCGACAAACACAGUCUGAUCGGUGAAGAUGAUAAAGAGUUAUUAGUACAUUGCGAAAGAAUUCGCGAUGGUAUUGCAAGAUUUGCGAAUAAUCAAGUACAGCAAGUUGUCAGCAGUCGUCUUUCCGAGCUAAAAAAACGUUUCAAUACAGUAAAAUUAAAAAUCCCAGUAAAAGUAGGAAUACACCUGCAAGAAAAUGCAUUGUCCGAAAAACUGCUACGAACCAAGGUCACAUUAUCCGGUCGUGAAAAUGUUGCUACUUCAACAUUAGAUGCACAAGGUCUCGGACAAAGUCGUCUUCAGAAAUGGCUUAUCAUGGCUCGUCAACAAAUGUCCACUGUUGUCAUCGAUUUGAAUAGUUUGGAACAAGCAAUUAAUCAAGUGGUGAAUUGUCUUCGCGAAGUGCAAGAAGUGGAAAAUGAACGAAUGGCGUUGUUGAAAACACGUAGUACGAACAGUGACCAAAGUGCAGGCGAAUAUCGCAAAUUGCGUUCGGAUUUGCAAAUUCUGCUGCAACGUAUGAAGAACGUCCGACCUCUGUUUUUGUCAUUUGAAAAAAAUUACAAGAAUCUUCUACAUUGGCUCAAUAACCAAGAAGAUGAAAAGGAAAAUGAAGAAAGUGAAAAGUCUGAUAUGAUAAGUCAUAUGGCAUUCUUGCUGGAAACCUUAUCAAGAAAUGAAUAUAGAGAGUGGAUUGAUUGUGAUUGCUUGCAACAUCGGCUCGAUGAAUUAAAAUACAGAAUGAAGGAAAGGAAGAAACAACUUGUAGAGGCGGUAGAAUCAGCAGAAAUUGCAACCAGAACUGCGGCAUUGACUAAGAAGAAGAAACUUCUGGAACAAUCUGUGGAAAGCUGGGCAGAUAUUAAAACUUGGGUCGACAACAUCACAGAAAUCGACAGUCAUUUGGAAUUCAUUUUCUCUACAGCCAACAGUACUUCCAUACCCGUAUCUGAUGAAUUCAACAGUGAGAAAAAAAGACUUCAGAAAGAAUGGCAGCAGAAAACAGAAGCCAUUGCCGAACUGCAAAUGAUUCAUGACGCGAUAGAGAUACUUCGGAACAAGCUGGUAGAGAAUCCACGGCUGUCGGAACUGAUAUUCUUGAAUGCGGAAAUAAACAAUCUAAGCCGACAGUGCAUGAAUGUAGUCGAUCCCAGCGUCACAGGCCUUCGAAAUUGUUAUCUGAAGGAAAUUGAGGAGGAACUUCGUACAGCCAUCACAGAAUCAUUUUCAAGGGCGGAGCAGCGAGUCAUCGAAUUGUCGGCGGUUGGCGAAACGGAUGUACGGCUUGCUGUUGACAUUCUUCAGGAUUACGAACAGGAGGCACAAGGAAUAUUGAGUGACGAUCCAAGGCUUGUGGGGCUUGUUGUGGCAAUUAAAGAGGCCCAGAAAACCUUGCAGGCAAAAAUGGAUCUCUUCACUGGCCUGCAGCAUUUCUAUGACUCAUUAGAUGCUAUUAAACAAGAAAAUGAACAGUGGAAUUCGAUAACAUCACAACAGAUCGAAGGAGUCUCUGUAAGGCUUGAAGAACUUUUAAAGCUUAUUGAAAACGAAUGUGCACCUGAGGCCAAUGCUUUAUGCUCGCAGUUUGAAUCUAUCCAAUCAUCUUUUUUUCAGCUAGAAUUUGAUCGAAUUAAGGAAAAAUUGCGGAUUCUUGUACUACAACUGGACAGGCUGGUGGAUUUUAUGGCAAAACGAAAGAUUCUUUUACUCAAAUUCAAAGAAUUCCAAAAAUUUGUUCAAGAUGCUGAGGAUACGUUACUCAGAACAAUGCAUGAUGCCUCGAUCGGUGUGGAAGUCGACAUGCAUCGAAUUACGAACGAAAUGAGUGCAAUGUUCGAUAAAUUGGAUAAUUUGGGAAAAGAGCUUACAGCUUGUCAACUUGAUGCAAAAAUUACAAUUGCCGAUAUAUCAGUUGUUGACGCCAUAAACAGAAUAAAAAAUAUUUCCCUGGAUGCCAGUUCCACAGAUGAAUCAAUGGGGUUCUCGAAGCGUUUCCAAGAAUUUUUCGAUGUAUCGAGUCAGUUGGAGGGUGCAUUCUGUACGGAUAUUUAUACUUGCGAACAUUUGGAUGGCGUUGAGAAUGGCAAGAAGGAAGCUGAACUGAUGGUUCGACUAGAAACAAUUGCUGACGAUCUUAUUGCUCAGGAAAAGUCUAAAGCAAAUGAUAUUCUUUCGAAGCUGAAACGAAUAAUGGACAAACGACAAGAAGUCCGACGAGUAACAGUGGAAGAUUGUGUGGAACGAUGGUUGAUUCUCCUAACACAAAAAGAAGAUGAGUUGGAAACAGUUAUUGAGCGUGAUAUUAAUGAUCAAAAUAUGGAUGCUUUUCAAAUUGACGAAGUCACGAAGUGGAUUCCCUGGAAAAAAGAACUUGAUCAGGCUUGUCGUUUAUUCAUUCUUUCAUGGUAA